AUGUUAAAGGAAAACUACACAGAGGUGACUGAGUUUAUCCUCCUGGGACUGACAGAUCGAGCUGACUUGCAGCCUGUCCUUUUUGUGGCCUUCCUAGUCAUCUACCUGAUCACAGUCAUUGGCAAUGUGGGCAUGAUUUUGUUAAUCAGAACUGACUCAAAGCUUCAGACUCCAAUGUACUUCUUCCUCAGCCACCUCUCCUUUGUAGACCUCUGUUAUGCCACCAAUGUCACUCCUCAGAUGCUGGUUCAUUUCUUAUCCAAGAGAAAAACCAUUUCCUUCCUUGGCUGCUUUAUACAGUUUCACUUUUUCAUUGCCUUGGUGAUUGCAGAUUAUUAUAUGCUCACAGUGAUGGCUUAUGAUCGCUACAUGGCCAUCUGCAAACCAUUGUUAUAUGCCAGCAAGAUGUCCCGAGGUGUCUGCCUUUCUCUUGUUGCUGCUCCUUAUACUUACGGUUUUGCAAAUGGUCUUGCACAGACCAUCCUUAUGCUCCGUCUCUCCUUCUGUGGACCCAAUGAAAUCAACCACUUUUACUGUGCUGACCCACCUCUCCUAGUCCUGGCCUGCUCUGAUACUUAUGUCAAAGAGACUGCCAUGUUUGUAGUUGCUGGUUCCAACCUCACAUGUUCUCUCACCAUCAUCCUCAUCUCCUACAUUUUCAUCUUUAGAGCCAUUCUGCGUAUCCGCUCUGCAGAAGGGAGGCACAAGGCCUUCUCCACCUGUGGGUCUCACCUGACAGCUGUCACUGUAUUUUAUGGGACUCUGUUCUGCAUGUAUCUGAGGCCCCCUUCUGAGACCUCUGUAGAACAGGGCAAAAUUGUAGCUGUGUUUUACAUUUUCAUGAGUCCUAUGCUAAACCCUUUGAUCUACAGUCUUCGGAACAAAGAUGUUAAAAAAGCAAUAAGGAGAGUGAUUCAAGAGAAAUUUUUUGUCAAAUGGAGUAGACAUUUUGGUGACAGGUAUGUAACAUAUACAUAG